AUGAAUUCAAAGGCUGUUGCAACCAUUACCUUUCUUGUUCUCUUCCUCAACAUAUUUUUCCUCACCACUGUUAGCUCCUCUCAGGAACCAACUGUCUUACCGACACCACCGCUGAAUUGUCCUAAUGAUCUGCAUCUCUGCGCCGCUCUAUUGCAAGAUUUGGUGAACAUUGAGGUUGGCCUUUCACAAUCCAAACCAUGUUGCUCCCUCAUAGCUGAUCUUGUUAAUCUUGAUGCAGCACUGUGUCUUUGUACUUCGAUCAAGGCUAAUGUUUUGGGAACAAACCUUAACAUUCCCUUAAAGGUAGUGUUUGAUGUUUGUGGACGUAGUACUCCCAACGGCUUCGUUUGUCAUUAA